UGCUUAACUUUAUUGAUUAAGCCAAAAAGAGACACAGCUCAUUACUUCAGAAACCACAUUUUCAUCACCAAUUUGUGGUCUCUCUGGAGGAAGGCGCAAGGCGGAAGCAGGCAACAAUCUGCUUUAACCUUUCUUCAGACAAGAAACAAAAUCUUGUUUUUCUCAGUAACUCCUACUGAGCUACUUGCCUGAGGCAGAGCAAAGGAGACCAGAACUACAGGUCCAUGUGAGAAAGCCUGACAGCAGAAAGUUGGUGGAUAUGAAGUGUGAGCAUUAGAGAGGAAAAGUGUGGCAUAUGUGGAUGAUGUAAGAAGGAGACCAAGUUGUGCCCAGAAGAACAGAGGUAGUUGAAUGGAAUGCAUAACCAUGGAAGAGAUUUGGACUUCCUUUAAGACCUUGUUCUGAAUACCUCACUCCUUUUAAGAUAACCCUUAAGUGCUGGUAGAGUUUUUUGAGUGUAAGCACAUAAAUCCAAGAUGAAGCACUUUAUUGGAGGGAUCUGAUGUAUGAGGUUUCCUAGCUGAAAAGUGCAGCACUUCUGAAAAUCAGGCAGAACUUGAAGCUAGAUGCUAAAUAUAGAUUUAACAGUUUGUCCCCUGACACCCAAAUAAUUCAAGAAGUGAAUGAUUUAUGAUUUCAAAAAGUGAAUGAUUAUUUAUACUGGGAAGCCCUGCCAUCUUUAUUGCACACGAGCAGUUCCAUGUGGAGAGUUAGCUAUUCAAAGUAGUUUCAUGUUUGUGCUAUGCCCAUAAAAGUCAGUUUCUUUUUCUGGAUCCUUGAAAUAUUCUAAGGGGACUGAAUCUGAGCCCCAGAGAAGGUCAGAGAGAGAUGACCAACUGGUUCCCUUCUGUCUAGUAGAAAUAUCUAGCAUGUACUGGCUUACCCAGCUGCAAGUUAAGCCCAUUGAGAGCCCGUUGAGCUGCAGCUGGCUCCAAUGAGCCCUUCACAUCCCCAUCAGGCUGCAACAGGUGCAGAAGUGUCAAAAUUCCCUCACGAACACCUGGUAAAGCUCUGUCAGGAGCUCUGCCUUCAGGAGAACAGAUUGCAAUGCCAGCUCUGUGCAGGGCUUACAGGCUGCUUUUGCAGGAUAGGGUUUAAUUGUGCAAGGGCUCAUCUAUUGCUGAUGUGAUCACCGUGAGAAAUUGUGAUCCACCCCAUAGCCCACAUAUUUGCCCUGUCAGCAGCAUUGAGCAAAGGUACUGAAGGUGCCACUGGUGCAGCAAGAGCUGGCAUUUGGGCACCAUCCAGCUCCUACAGAGCAGCUUAGUGGAACACUACAGAGCUGUGGUAGAGCAGGCAGGGAGGUCACUGCUGCCUGAAUACCUGGCAAAGCAGCAUGAGCUUUGCUGUGUCUAAUAGCUGCCCCUCCAGGGAAUAUCAUCAGCUCACCUUGAAGGCAUUCCUCCUUGGAAACUAAUGGAAACUGUCCCUCACACACAUGCUGGUUAUCAUAGAAUCACAGAAUCGUUUGAGUUGAAAGGGAUCCCUAAAGGCAUCUGGUCCAACCCCACUGCAGUGAACAGGGACAUCCACAUCUCAGUCAAGGUACUCAGAGCCCCCUCCAGCCUGACCUUGAAUGUCUGCAUGAAUGGGGCAUCCAUCACCUCUCUAGGCAACCUAUGCCAGUGCUUCACCACUCUCAUUGUAGAAAACCUUCCCUGUCUGUGUCUCCUUCCCACUUCUGUGGUGGAGUUGAGAGGAGAUGGGAUGCAGGAACACUGGAGAAUUGAGUUGCUUUCCACAGCUGUGGCAUCAACUCUUGGAUCUACACCAGUGGAAGGACCAAGGCUGAGAUUAUAGCCAUGUUCCCUCAAGAAACAGUGAUUUCUCUGGAAGAAGGUGGCAGCGUGUUAAAAAAUGAGGUAAAGAAGGAGAACUGGCUUUAUGCUGAAUGGGUGCUUGUGCAAAGCGGGUCAAUGCAGCCAUUUGUGAGCAGCUUGCAGACGUCAGGAGUAAAGUUCAGCACUCUGACCCUCGCUAAGAGCAGCUCAACUAUUCUGCUUAAGCUGAUUGCACCACUUCUCUGUUCCGCAGCACACUGCCUUGCUUCAUACACCUGCAGAAAUAAAAGCAGGAGAGGCUGUUCUAGUAGUCAACAAAGUGAAAUAAUACUUGUCACAAUCAUUCUUGAUGCUUCUAAUUCCCAGAAAUUUCCUAUUUACUUGAAUAUUGCAGGAAUCAGGUUGAAACAAGGGAAGAUGAGGAACAAAACGUCAAGCUGACAGAAAUUUUGGAACUAUUGGUGGCUGCUGGGUAUUUCCGAGCAAGAAUCAAAGGGUUAUCACCCUUUGACAAGGUUGUAGGCGGUAUGACGUGGUGCAUCACUACCUGCAACUUUGAUAUCGACGUUGAUUUAUUGUUUCAGGAGAACUCUACUAUUGGUCAGAAAAUUGCCUUAACUGAAAAAAUUGUGUCAGUAUUACCAAAAAUGAAGUGUCCUCAUCGUUUGGAACCGCAUCAGAUCCAGGGUCUGGAUUUCAUCCAUAUAUUUCCUGUUGUACAGUGGCUGGUGAAACGUGCAAUAGAAACAAGGGAAGAAAUGGGGGACUAUAUCCGUUCUUACUCUAUAUCACAGUUUCAAAAAACUCAUAGACUUCCAGAGGAUGAUGAAUUUAUGCAAAGAAAAGAGAAGGCUAUCAAAACAGUUACUGAUAUCUUUGAGGUUUACAAACCCCAGAGAAAAUACAAACGUCAGAAGGGAGCUGAAGAACUGGUAGAUGAGGAAUCAAAGGUUCACGCUACACUUCUUGAAUAUGGCAGGAGGUAUGGAUUUAGCAGACAAGCAGGAAAAACAGAACAGACUGAAGAUAAGAAAAUUAUGCUACCCUCAGGGCUUGCAGCAGCAGGAAAAGCUGAGCCUUGUGAUGAAGAUGACCUUCGGGCAGCUGAAGAGCUUCGCAUUAAAACUCUGAUGACUGGAAUGGCUGCAAUGGCAACAGAAGAGGGCAAGUUGACAGCAAGCACAGUAGGACAGAUAGUUGGACUCCAGUCGGAUGAGAUCAAGCAAAUAGUGUCAGAAUAUGCUGAAAAGCAGUCUGAGCUUUCUGCUGAGGAGCGACCAGAAAGGCUUGGAGCUGCUCAGCAACACCGAAGGAAGGUGGCAUCUCUGAAUAAGCAGAUUUUGCAGAAAACCAAACUCCUGGAAGAGCUGCAAGCUAAAUGUGCUGAUCUACAGGCAAAAUGUACUGAAGCAAAAAAGACAUUAAGCGAGGUCAAGAGUUACAGUGAAAAGCUGGACAAAGAACUAGCAGCCUUAGAAACAAUAGAAUCCCAAGCAGACUCCAGUGUGUUACAGAAUCUGCGAACUCUGGUAGCCAUGAAUGAAAACCUCAAAAGCCAGGAGCAAGAAUUUAAAGCACAUUGUAGGGAAGAAAUGGAGCGGCUUCAACAAGAUAUUGAGAAUUUGAAAGCUGAGGCAGCAGAAAAUGGGGAGGAUGAGGAGCCGAAUAAGCUCAUAGACCAGCAAUACAAAACUGAGAAAGAAAAACUUCAGAAGAUACGGCUAUUGUUGGCACGAAGAAACAGAGAAAUAGCGAUUUUACAGCGCAAGAUUGAUGAAGUACCCAGCCGAGCAGAGCUAACACAGUAUCAGAAGAGAUUUAUUGAACUAUACAGUCAGGUCUCAGCAACUCACAAAGAAACAAAGCAGUUCUUUACUCUUUAUAAUACACUGGAUGAUAAAAAAGUAUAUUUGGAAAAGGAGGUCAAUUUACUGAAUUCUAUCCAUGACAACUUUCAUCAAGCAAUGGCAUCUUCUGGUUCUCGUGAGCAGUUCUUACGACAGAUGGAGCAGAUUGUGGAAGGCAUCAAACAGAAUCGAAUGAAGAUGGAAAAGAAGAAGCAAGAAAAUAAAAUGCGAAGAGAUCAGUUGAAUGAUGAAUACUUAGAGCUUCUAGAGAAACAGAGGCUUUACUUUAAAACAGUGAAAGAAUUUAAAGAGGAAUGUCGUAAGAAUGAAAUGCUGCUGUCCAAGUUGAAAGCUAGUUCUUCCUGAAGAUCUCCAGCUGGUGAAGUUGAUCUAUAUGAUUGUUCAGUCUAUACAUUAAAUCUUUUUUGUGAAGUGAAAGUUACAGCUGCAAUUGUAGACCUAUGUGUGUGUAUAUACACAUACACACAGCUGUAAAGUCUGGGAUUUUUUCCAGUAUGUACUCUUCUACAUUCCUUCAUGAAAUGGCUGUAUUAUUCAUUAUUGCCUCCACUACACAGUAAAGAGUUAAUGCAGUACAGCAAAACAGAAAUACUGUCUAAUUUUAUUUAUUUUUGUUGGCGGUUUAUUUUUUUCUUCAUGGUAAGAACAACAAAGAUGGUUUUUAUUUGGGUUUUAGCACUGAAGAACUACAAAAUUCUGCAAUAAGUAGAUACAGACUGUGUAGUAUGUCCAGUACCAUAAGAUGAGCACUGCAAGGUGCAGUAGCUUGUUAAUUUUGGCCAAACAUAAACACAGAAAAUAGUUCCCAAAACUUUCCACCAGCUAAUAACUUCACAUCAUUUUAAUUUAAACUCUAGGUAAGAUCCCAGAGGAAUAAAAAUAUAAUUUCUAAUGGUUAAGACAAAAGAAAAUGGAAACUUACCUUGGAUAAUUCUCAUGUAAAAAUAUAGAUCUAUAUUUUUAUAAAGUCUAGCAGUUGUAUAAUUUUGUUUGAAAUUUCCUUUUUAUAUAUAGAGUAUGCACUUGUUAAAUUAAUAACUCCAGGAAAAACACCUUAAUCACUAGAGCCAUCGUGUUAUCCCUGGCUGGGAUGAAAAUCUAAGUCUGUGUCAGCUGUAACAUAGGAAGAUAAAGAUUCAGACUUUCUACUCAAAUGACUGAUGCUCACCUUUUGAAGACAACAGCCUAUCUACCCUACUGAAGAUUUGUCCUUGAAAGUUUAGAAACUUUAUGGAACACUUUCUGAAACAUUUUUAUAUCUGUAUGUAUGGUAUUUUAUAAUUCAAACAGUUGCUUUUUGUACUUAACAUCAGGAUUUUGGACUGACUUAACGUACAUCACAUCUUUUCUUUAGGAAAAGGAAAACCACGUUAUUUUUCCCCAGUAACACUGAUGACUGCUGAUAGAUUACUUUCUUUGGCAGCAAAUACAAAAUAAAAAGAUGUUUAGCAUUCAGUGAA